UCGCCCGCCCGGUGCGGAGCUCGCCAUGGCGGCCACUGACCUGGAGCGCUUCUCGAAUGCAGAGCCAGAGCCCAGGAGCCUCUCCCUGGGUGGUCAUGUCGGUUUCGAUAGCCUCCCCGACCAGCUGGUCAGCAAGUCGGUCACUCAGGGCUUCAGCUUCAACAUCCUCUGUGUGGGGGAGACUGGCAUUGGCAAGUCCACACUGAUGAACACACUCUUCAACACGACCUUUGAGACCGAGGAAGCCAGUCACCAUGAGGAGUGUGUGCGCCUGCGGCCCCAGACUUACGACCUCCAAGAGAGCAACGUGCAGCUCAAGCUGACCAUCGUGGAUGCCGUGGGCUUUGGAGAUCAGAUCAAUAAGGAUGAGAGUUACAGGCCCAUAGUCGACUAUAUCGAUGCGCAGUUUGAAAACUACCUGCAGGAGGAGCUGAAGAUCCGCCGUUCGCUCUUCGACUACCAUGACACGAGGAUCCAUGUCUGUCUCUACUUCAUCACACCCACGGGGCACUCCCUCAAGUCGCUGGAUCUGGUGACCAUGAAGAAACUGGACAGCAAGGUGAACAUUAUUCCCAUCAUUGCCAAAGCUGACACCAUCUCCAAGAGUGAGCUCCACAAGUUCAAGAUCAAGAUCAUGGGUGAGCUGGUCAGCAAUGGGGUCCAGAUCUACCAGUUUCCCACGGAUGACGAAGCUGUUGCCGAGAUUAACGCAGUCAUGAACGCACACCUGCCCUUUGCCGUGGUGGGCAGCACCGAGGAGGUGAAGGUGGGGAACAAACUGGUGCGAGCGCGACAGUACCCUUGGGGAGUGGUGCAGGUGGAGAACGAGAAUCACUGCGACUUCGUGAAGCUCCGGGAGAUGUUGAUCCGGGUGAACAUGGAGGACCUCCGCGAGCAGACACACAGUCGGCACUAUGAGCUCUACCGGCGCUGCAAAUUGGAGGAGAUGGGCUUCCAGGACAGUGAUGGUGACAGCCAGCCUUUCAGCCUCCAGGAAACAUACGAGGCCAAGAGGAAGGAGUUCCUGAGCGAGCUCCAGGGGAAGGAGGAAGAGAUGAGGCAGAUGUUUGUCAACAAAGUGAAGGAGACGGAGCUGGAACUGAAGGAGAAGGAGAGAGAGCUCCACGAGAAAUUCGAGCACCUCAAGCGGGUGCACCAGGAGGAGAAGCGCAAGGUGGAGGAGAAGCGCCGGGAACUGGAGGAGGAGACCAACGCCUUCAACCGCAGGAAGGCAGCAGUGGAGGCCCUGCAGACUCAGGCCCUGCACGCCACCUCGCAGCAGCCUCUGAGGAAGGACAAGGACAAGAAGAACCCCCUCAAGAGCUGGGUGGAGAAGGCUGGGCCACACAGGCAGGGAGUGACCCCUGAGAGGAUCCUAGGGUCUCAGGCAAGGUCCAUCAGGCCAGGAGAUGGUCAGGGCCUGGGAAUGUCAGCAUUUUCCAGACAGAUUCCAAAAGCUCCUGUGGUUUCUGCUUAGACAGCCGUGGUGCCUCCCCCUCAGUCCUGAGGCUGUGGACGUGGUUUCCGUUUCGGCAGGUGGGUGGUGACUGAGGGCAGUGGAGACCUGAGCGCAGCCAGCACUGAGCCCCAGACACUGUGGUCACAGCCUGCUGAAGGAAGGACAGCAGCUCCCUGGAGGGGCUGUGUGAGUCCUGCUGAAUCGAGGCGCUGCCCCUCAAGUAGAGGCUGGAGCUGUUCCUCAGCCUCAGAGUGUAGCCUCAGAGGGGAGAGAGCGAUGGGGGAGAGGAGGAGGCUUUUCCCAGCCUCUGGGAGUGCAGUUAACUUUGGCAAGGUGGGGGCUGGUCUAAGUCUCUUCUCCUUGACAUAGCCUGUUUCCAUGCUCACAGCUGGAUCCCAGAUGCCCUGGCUCUGGGUGGGGGUGGGGGGUGCCUCCCUCCCCUGCCCCACUUCAUUCAGUGUCCCCCAGGGCAUCUCUCCAUGGGGAUCCUGUCUGCCCCUGCUUCUCCCUGCCCCUGGUCUGUAUCCAGUACCUUCUUUCUCUUGCCAGCCUGGAAACUAAGCAGGUAUACGCAUCUUGGCCCUCACUCUUAUUCUCUUGGAAUUCCAUUUCCUCCUUGAAUGUUUGGGAAUGUGUGUGUUCAGGCUGUUCCUUCCUUGGUGGCAGUGGAGCCUUGUGGUUAGGGCCAGGCAGUGCAUAGCUAACUGUGGCCCUGGGGUGCUGCUUGUGGCGUUGGCCCUCCCCCUGCCCCCCAGUAUUGCGUUCCCUAAUGCUGCACACAUGCAGGACACAUGUACACUGUCUCACUCUCUCUUUUCCUGUGACAUACACAGAUCCAGGCAUAUCUCCACUAACACACACAGUCUCCGAGACACACAGGCACAGAGGUACAGACACAUGGAAGUUUUAAAAGCUUCUCCCUGGGGAAGACCAGGGGGACAGAACCAGCCAUUUAGGAACUGGAUGCCAAUUCUCGUUCCUGAGGCCCAUCUUCUUCUUUGGGACAGACCCUGUAGUUUCCUCCAUCCUGCUGACUGCAUCCCCUCCUCCGCCCUGCCCCCAGCCGUUGGCCCUGCUGCAGCAGAUAAGCCCCUGCUGGUCCCCAGCUCCACAUGACCCUCAACCGUGUACAUUUCCCUUCUGCUUUGCAUUUGCUUCCGGCCCUGGUGCCUGUCUCGGUCUUAGUGAGCUUGGUGAACAUGCAGGCUCUGUGAAUUGCAACCCAUGUGGAUUUUGAGCUGGUAGCUCAGAAAUCUGGUUUCUCCUGGGAAGCGGUGUGCUAUCCAUGACCCAGUGCUGGCUCCCAAAGAAACUUUGCCUUGCUCCCUGCCAGCUUAGCCCAGGCCAUUUUGGUUUUUUAUUUGUUUUUCUUAAAAAAAAAAAAAAAAAAAAAAAGGCAGGCAGAGUCCCCUAGGAAGUAAGCUAUGGAGAAACCACUCAAAAGCAGCUCAAGGACCUGUGGCCAGGUCAAGGUGUUGAGGGCCAGUGGGGGUGGGGUGCAGGCUGGCUGCAGGGGCACCAGGCCAAUUCAGGGUGGGGCUCAUCACUGAUGUCAGGCCUCCCUGCUUUUUUUCAUGUGACGUGGGCCUGGAGAACAGGUCUUUUCUGUUUGCUGGACAUUCCAGAAAGCUUCAGUCAGUUUGGCCUCUGGGAGAGAGCCCUCUCCUCGCAUGCUGGCCUUGCGGAGGCCAGGAGUGGGGUGGGUGGGCUGGCUGGAAGCACCCCUUUACUCUGCCCUGGUUGGGAUGGGUCAGGAGUACAUUUGGAGGGGGGAUGUUGUUUUGUGACCAUUUAGUUGAAUGGCUUUGAUUGUACUUAUUCUUCAAAUUUUAAUUCAUUUUUACAAAAUUACUUCCCAAUCAGAUCUUGACCCCUCAGCCUGGGAUGCCAUAAACUGAAGUGAAUUUUCUGCUUUGCUCGUCACAAGUGCCAAACUGACUGUCCUUUCCCAGUGUUCAUCUUGCUGUCUUUUGCUUCUUUUUGAUUUGGUCGUCUGUGUAUCUUUUAAUGUGUCUGUUUUUGUUCUGUUUGUUUUAUUUUUA